UGUGCAAAGCGUGGGGAGUUUAGUUCAUCGAGAACAGCUGAGCGUGCAAGUCGUCGACACGGAAUAAAAUAUACGUGACUGGCUUUUCCUAAAUUCACAAAACAAAAUUAUUGAUAAACGUAAGCGAAAAGGAUAUAAAUACGUCAGUUAACUAAAAGGCCAGAUAAACCGCAAGAUCUUUAAAAACGCAACCAGUGCAAAACGUGGAAAUCAUUUAACAUUCAACUUGAGUGCAGCAACAACAACAAAGAGCCCGUAUAUAAAUUAAUUUCGUAAAACUAUUUGAUUGUUUAAACAAAAUAGAAAACGAAUAUCGCGUUUGCACAAUGCGUUGUGUGAUCAUUAUAUAAAUGUUAUAAAAAAGAAAUACACACAACUUACGUACAAUUAUGUUGAUUUAUUUGCACAGUGUUUGCCAAAUAAACAAAACAAAACCGACUAAAAAAAUCGAAAAGUUUUAGUGCUUUAAAAAUACCAAUAACUUAAUUUAUUAGUGAAAACUAGUUGAGUUCAAAAGAAACGGCUUUAUUUGCAUAUAAUUUAGUUACUAACCGACAAGCGGCGACAACAACAGCAAUAUCGACAGCAUUAAAAAGAUAUCGAAAAGCGAGCACUUGGAGCAGUGCUAGUUGGCAGACGAAGAGAGCUUGCUGGACAGGAUUAAAAGCAACGAGCGGUGGACGAGCACAGUCAAGAUGAUUGGACGUUUAUUUCGUGCCCAUGGCGAAUUCUGUGCCUCACAUCCCUGGGAAGUGAUUGUCGCCCUAUUGACCAUCACAGCCUGCAUGCUAACUGUGGACAAGAGCACAACAAUCGAUGCAACCGCAACUGGAGGCGGUCUUAGCAGUGCCACAGUCACAGCAGCAGCAGCUGCUGCCACGCCCACAUCUGGAGCCGCUCCGCCUCCCAUUAUAGUGUCAAGUGCGACGUCGAGUCGACACCGACCGUGUCACGGCUGGAGUCAAUCCUGCGACGGCCUCGAGGCGGAAUACAAUGCCGCCGAUGUCAUCCUCAUGACAAUCGUACGCUGCACAGCCGUUCUCUACUGCUACUACCAAUUCUGCAGUCUACACAGACUGGGAUCCAAAUAUGUGCUAGGCAUCGCCGGUCUUUUUACGGUCUUCUCCAGCUUCAUAUUCACAACGGCCAUUAUCAAGUUUCUGGGCAGCGAUAUUUCCGAUCUUAAAGAUGCGCUCUUCUUUUUGCUCCUGGUCAUCGAUCUGUCCAAUUCGGGGAGAUUGGCACAGUUGGCCUUGUCGGGCAGCAGCCAAGCGGAGGUGACACAGAACAUAGCCCGAGGAUUGGAGUUGCUGGGACCGGCAAUUUCACUGGACACCAUUGUGGAGGCGUUGCUUGUAGGCGUGGGCACAUUGUCGGGAGUGCAGAGAUUGGAGGUGCUCUGCAUGUUUGCGGUGCUCUCGGUGCUGGUCAAUUAUGUGGUCUUUAUGACCUUCUAUCCCGCCUGUCUCUCGCUCAUCUUCGAUCUGUCCCGGAAUGGUGUGGACAUGUCUGUGGUGCGGGAACGGGCGAAGGGAUCGCUGCUCCUCAAAUCCCUCACCGAGGAGGAACAGAAGGCGAAUCCUGUGCUGCAGCGUGUGAAGCUGAUCAUGACCACAGGUCUGAUGAUUGUCCACAUCUAUAGUCGGGUUGUCUUCUCCAGCAGCGACUACGAUGCCGUGGACAAGACUCUCUCCCCUCAGCUGAAUCUCAAUGUCAACAACAAUCGCACCGAAUCUGGCGAAAUUACGGAUAUUAUCAUCAAAUGGCUGACGAUGAGUGCGGAUCACAUAGUGAUCUCUAUAGUGCUAAUUGCACUGGUGGUCAAGUUUAUAUGCUUUGACAACCGGGAUACGCUGCAGGAGCAGCUGCGUCAAUCGACAACAGCGAAGACAACGCAGACAACGCCGGAGAUCGAGAUGAAGAUGGAAUUUAAGGAAUCCAGAGCCGUCACAAAUGUAGUGCGCACUCCGUUGUUCAGCAUUGAGGAGCACAAUUUGAUAAAUGCGGCGACACAGACAGAGAUGAGGGAGGAGCGGAAAGAGGAGCGCGUGGAGCGGGAACGGGAACUGGAGCAGGAGCAGGAGCGGGAAUUGGCGUCACCUCGUACGCUGCAGGAAUGCCUGGAGCUGCUCAACUCCACCACAGAGGAAGGUGGUCCCGGCGCACUCAGUGAUGAGGAGAUUGUUAAUAUUGUAAAUGCUGGCGGUAGUCAUUGUCCCUUGUACAAGAUUGAAUCGGUGCUGGAGGAUCCGGAGCGUGGCAUACGCAUUCGUCGCCGGAUUAUAGCGUCACGUGCCAAGCUGCAGCUGGAGAGAUUGGAUGUGUUGCCGUAUCAGCACUUUGAUUACCGCAAAGUGAUGAAUGCCUGCUGUGAGAAUGUCCUGGGCUAUGUGCCCAUACCCGUGGGCUAUGCGGGUCCGCUGCUCCUGGAUGGUGUCAGCUACUAUGUGCCCAUGGCUACUACCGAAGGUGCUUUGGUGGCAUCUACAAAUCGGGGGUGUAAGGCCCUUUCGGUGCGAGGUGUACGUUCUGUUGUGGAGGAUGUGGGCAUGACCCGGGCACCUUGUGUACGCUUUCCCAGCGUGCAACGUGCCUCCGAGGCCAAAUUGUGGAUUGAGCACGAAUUUAAUUAUAAACUAAUUAAAACGGAGUUCGAUUCGACUUCACGUUUUGGUCGCCUCAAGGAUUGUCACAUUGCCAUGGAUGGACCACAGCUGUACAUUCGAUUUGUAGCCCUGACCGGAGAUGCCAUGGGCAUGAACAUGGUCUCCAAGGGAGCUGAGAUGGCGCUGCGUUGCAUCAAGCGUCAAUUUCCCGAUAUGCAAAUCAUUUCGUUGAGUGGCAACUUUUGUUGUGACAAGAAACCGGCUGCGAUCAACUGGAUCAAGGGUCGUGGCAAGCGUGUCGUCACCGAGUGCACCAUUCCGGCCGCCACACUCCGUUCCGUGCUCAAGACGGACGCCAAGACCUUGGUGGAGUGCAAUAAACUGAAGAAUAUGGGCGGUAGUGCCAUGGCCGGCAGUAUUGGUGGUAAUAAUGCACAUGCUGCCAAUAUGGUCACUGCUGUAUUCCUCGCCACGGGACAGGAUCCUGCACAGAAUGUCACCUCGAGCAACUGCUCAACGGCCAUGGAAUGCUGGGCAGAGAAUAGCGAGGAUUUGUACAUGACCUGCACAAUGCCAUCGCUGGAGGUCGGAACGGUGGGAGGUGGUACCGGGCUGCCCGGUCAGGGGGCCUGCCUCGAUAUGCUGGGCGUACGAGGAGCACAUGCCACCAAGCCGGGUGACAAUGCCAAGAAGCUGGCCCAAAUUGUCUGUGCCACCGUCAUGGCCGGCGAACUGAGCCUUAUGGCCGCCCUGGUCAACAGCGAUCUAGUCAAGAGUCACAUGCGUCACAAUCGGUCUUCCAUUGCGGUGAGCAGCGCCAACAAUCCGCUCAACGUGACCGUCUCCAGUUGCAGCACAAUCAGCUAAAGCUGCCGGAUAAUACCGGACUCACCUGUUGUAUAUAUAUACACAAACGCACACACACACACACAUACAUUUAAAGGCGCUCGGGGGAUAAAAAUUCAAUUGUUCGAAGGAAUUAAUGCUUAACGAAUGAAUUAUGUAAUUUGUAAUUUGUAUAGUGAUUGUAAUUCUAAUUGUAAUCAAUUCAUUUUAUGGCCAGGCCAAGCAGACAAGCGAAAUAUUUUUGUAUUGUUAUCAAUCGGUUCUUUCUAUCGGGUAACUACUGUAUGUACCGCAGCCUGGGAUUCAUUGUUGUGGCAAUUUCCACUUAGUUAAUACAAUUAUAAGCCUACAUAUAUUAUAAUGAAAAUAAUGAUGA